CAUAACCUUUGAAACUGUUGACACUUGUUGAUUUGGAUUGAUGAUGGUAUGUUGAAGUGUAUAGUGUGUUAUUUACUCUCUAAGAAGUACAGCAUUCGAAUUUGAUUCGGCCGGACACUUCUGUGUGAACCAUGACGAUCAUACGAUAUUAUGCACCGAAUGCAUUCGACGAUGGUAAGACUGCAGCGAUACUGAAAUCAUUGCAACAGUUGAAUCCAAAAAUCGUCAACAUUAAAACCGAAAAGUGCUAUCACAUCGAAAUCAAUGAUAGCGCCAAGAAAUCAUCGCAAAAUGCCGAAGAGAUUUUACAAUGGAUUUUGAAACGACCGCAACAGGAAGGUGGUUUGUGUCAAAGUUCGACAUUGAAUGCGAAUGAGAAGAAUACCUGUACGAUUGAAAUCGGACCGCGGUUCAACUUUUCAACAGCUCAGUCAACCAACAGUGUAAGCAUUUGUCAGAAUGUUGGUCUAACGGAAGUGAGGCGGCUAGAAGUUUCGAUUAAAUAUUUGCUAUUCGUAAACGAUGUACUCUCCGCUGUAGAUGUGGACAACAUUUUCAACACACUGGGAGAUAAGAUGACCCAAUGCAGAUAUACAACGGACAAUUACCCAAUCAACAGCUUCGAUGAACAACUUCCGGCCAUGCAAGAAUCGUGGUACCGAGUGCCUUUAUUGCAAGAAGGACGCACGGCGCUGGAAAAGGUCAACAAAAGUCUGGGCCUUUCAUUCGACGAAUGGGAUCUGCAGUUCUACACGAAUCUCUUUCAAAAUGUUUUGAAGCGUGAUCCGACCAGCGUCGAACUGUUCGACUGUGCCCAAAGUAACAGUGAACAUUCGCGUCACUGGUUUUUCAAGGGGAAAAUGGUUAUCGAUGGCAUUGUGCAGGAAAAGUCGUUAAUCAAAAUGAUUAUUGACACGCAGAAUCAUUCGAACAAAAACAACACAAUAAAGUUCAGUGAUAACAGCAGUGCGGUUGUUGGAUUUGAACAUAAAUCGUUACGGCCGACCAAUGUGUCUGGUCCUGGAAAAUUUCAAGUGGGUGACGUCAAAUCAGAUCUGAUUUUCACGGCCGAAACGCAUAAUAUGCCGACGGCUGUUGCUCCGUUCAGUGGAGCAACAACGGGCACUGGUGGUCGUAUAAGAGACGUUCAAGGUGUUGGACGUGGUGGUCACACAAUCGCUGGCACAGCUGGAUAUUGUGUCGGAAAUCUGAAUAUUCCAGGUUAUGACCUGCCGUACGAAAAUGGUAGCUGGGCUUAUCCUCCAUCGUUUGCGUCGCCAUUGAAAAUAAUUAUUGAAGCGAGUAAUGGUGCUUCAGAUUACGGCAAUAAAUUUGGCGAACCGGUCGUCUCUGGUUUUGCCAUCUCUUACGGUGUGCUGAAUGGAUCGAACGAACGCGACGAAUAUGUCAAACCGAUUAUGUUCAGUGGUGGACUGGGUACGAUGGAUGCAAAGCAGACAAAGAAACUGGACCCGAAGAAGGGUAUGCUUCUGGCGAAAAUUGGCGGCCCUGUUUAUCGUAUCGGUGUCGGAGGUGGAGCUGCUAGUUCGGUUGAGGUUCAGGGAGAUAACAGCUGCGAAUUGGAUUUCAAUGCGGUUCAGAGAGGCGAUGCUGAAAUGGAAAAUAAGCUGAACCGUGUCGUGCGGGCUUGCAUUGAAAUGGGUGAUGACAAUCCCAUUUUGGCCAUUCACGAUCAAGGCGCUGGCGGUAAUGGUAAUGUGUUGAAGGAGUUGGUCGAGCCGGGCUAUGCCGGAGCCACGAUAUUUUCAAAAGAGUUUCAACUCGGUGAUCAGACGAUUAAUAGUUUAGAACUUUGGGGAGCUGAAUAUCAAGAAAACAAUGCAAUCCUCUGUAGGGCAGAAGAUCGUCAACUUCUGGAACAGAUUUGCAUCCGGGAACGCUGUCCCAUCAGCUUUGUAGGAAUAGUAAAUGGAAACGGUUACGUUACGCUGAUUGAGUCACACGCCGACUUUGAAAACUACGAAAACUUGUCGACUGAAUCGAGUCCCUUCAACAUGCACCUGAAAGAUGUCCUGGGUGAUAUGCCACAGAAAACCUAUGCUUUGAGCCGCGCUGCUUCCGUUUCGGUACCAUUCCACGCGACAAUUAACAGCAAUAACUACAACGAUCAGCUAAUGACCGUACUGAGCAUUUUAUCCGUCGGAAGUAAACGAUUUUUAACCAGUAAGGUAGAUCGAUGUGUUACCGGAUUGAUUGCUCAACAGCAAUGUGUUGGACCACUUCACACUCCAUUGGCUGAUUAUGCUGUCACAGCUGUGUCCCACUUCGGCUAUAACGGCAUUGCCACAUCAAUCGGUACACAACCGAUGAAAGGUUUAAUUGAUGCUAGUGCUGGAGCUCGAAUGUCCGUGGCUGAGGCCAUUUCGAACUUAGUUUUCGUUCGGAUCAGUCAGCUCGGAGAUGUUAAGUGCUCGGGUAAUUGGAUGUGGGCUGCUAAAUUGGCCGGUGAAGGUGCAAGGAUGUACGAUACUUGUGCGGAUAUGUGCAAAUUGAUGAAUGAAUUGGGUGUGGCUAUAGACGGAGGAAAAGACUCACUAUCGAUGGCAGCAAGAGUAAAUAACGAUACCAUUAAAUCGCCGGGAACGUUGGUAAUUUCGACGUAUGCUCCUUGUCCGGACAUCAGAGUGAAAAUUACUCCUGAUCUGAAAUCACCAGCUGUGGGUCGAAAGGGCAACCUGAUCUGGAUUAAUAUUGAAAAUAAAUUCCGUAUCGGCGGAUCAGCUUUGGCUCAGUCACAUUCUCAACAAGGCGAGGGAUGUCCAAAUAUUGCCAAUUCCAAAGUGCUGAAGGAUGCAUUUAACGUCACCCAGCAAUUAUUAGUUGAAGGGGUGCUUUUGGCAGGUCAUGAUAUUAGCGAUGGCGGACUCGUUGUGUGUCUACUUGAAAUGGCGUUUGCUGGUCUGUGCGGUCUGGACAUAAAAUUAUCGGAUAUUCCUAAGCGACUGAACAAAAAUGCAUUUGUGAUGGAUCGCUUAUCCAAUCAGGAAAUUCCAUUGCUAUUACUGUUUGCCGAAGAAUGCGGCUGGAUCCUCGAAGUUUCGGAUGAAAAUCUUGACCGAGUGUUGGGCGAAUUUAAGAGACACAACGUUCCGGCUUAUCUUAUUGGCCACUCAAGCGGCAAUGGUUUAUCAUCAACAGUUAAUAUUGAAUACGAUGGUCGAACCAUAAUCAAUGGCUCAACGUUAACGUUCUUCAAACAAUGGGAACGAACCAGCUUUGAGUUGGAAAAACUUCAAAUGAACGCCGAUUGUGCAAUAGAGGAGUAUGGAACGUAUGAUUAUCGCAAAGGACCAUCGUUUCACUGUACUUUCGAUCCUGAUGUAGAAAUGCUGUUAAGCAAGAAGACCGUACGGGUGGCUGUUAUCCGUGAGGAAGGCACAAAUGGCGACAGGGAAAUGAUCGCGACACUGAUGAAUGCCAACUUUGAAGUGCAUGAUGUAACCAUGCAAGAUCUUCUAUUGAAGAAGACAUCGUUGGAUCAAUACAGAGGCGUUGUAUUCCCAGGUGGUUUCAGCUAUGCCGACACCUUAGGAUCGGCCAAGGGCUGGGCCGCGAGCAUUAUGUACAGCAAAGAAUUAGCUCCACAGUUCCAUCACUUUAAGAAUCGCCCUGACACUUUCUCUCUCGGUGUGUGCAACGGCUGUCAGCUGAUGAGUCUAAUUGGUUGGAUUGGUGUUGAGAAUUCUGCGGAGAUCGUAUCGGUUCCUGAUGUGGCUUUACUGGAAAAUCGGUCGGAGAGAUAUGAAUGCCGCUGGGUAACACUUCAGAUUCAACCAAGCAAAUCAAUCAUGUUACGGAAAAUGGCUGGCAGUGUAAUCGGAUGCUGGAUAGCUCAUGGAGAAGGAAGAUUUUCUUUCAAAAAUGCGUCAGUUCUGUCGACAUUAAGAGCUGCCAAUUCAAUCGCUAUGAAUUACGUGGACGAUGACAACAAACCGACCGAAAUCUACCCAAUGAAUCCGAAUGGAAGCGUCGACGGAAUUGCGGGCAUUUGUUCGAUCGAUGGACGUCAUUUGGCUAUGAUGCCACAUCCGGAAAGAUGUAGCCAGAUGUGGGAAUGGCCGUACGUUUCUCCAGGAUUCAAUUUCCAGAAAUCUCCGUGGCAAUGUAUGUUCGAUGAAGCGUAUGGCUGGUGUUGCAGUGAAAAUGUGUAGUGGGUGGUACAGAGAACAUUGAAAAUGGAGUUUUUGUACAAUUUAUAUUUUGCAAUAAAUUAGUAGCUUUCAAGCACAA